AGCUGGCUGGACUCGAGACUGUCCUGGAACCCGGACGACUACGAUGGUCUCAAGCAUAUCCGGCUUCCGGGAGACCAAGUUUGGAGACCCGACAUCCAGCUCUACAACGACGACGGGAAACAAGGCGCAGCAUCUGCCAUCAACGCGAACCACGACGACCCCGUGAACGCCGUCGUGACGAGCGACGGCCGCGUCCUCUACGUGCCCGUCGUCCUCCUCUCGGCCAUCUGCAUGUCCAUGGACUUCACCAACUGGCCCUACGACGUCCACUCCUGCAGCCUCAAGUUCGGCUCCUGGACCUUCGACGGCUACUCGCUCGACCUCGAGGUCUCCGAGCUCAACCAGGACACCACGACGGGACUGAAGUACCUGGACACUCCUGCCAAUUGGAAAUUGCGCAUGGACAGAGGAGAACGACUGUCGACGACUUACGCGUGCUGCCCCGAGCCGUACGUCAGUGUCAACUUCCCCUACACAGUGUGCCGAGUGCCUAAGCACGUGGAAAACACGUUGCUCACGCCUUUGCACAUUGUGGUCGUGUUGACCCUGGUGGCCUUCUGGACAUCUGCAGCCACCACAGUGGGUGUGUGUCUCGUCAACUCGGGCAUCCUCAUUGCCAUGCUGCAGUUUCAUGCCUCAGGGAUCCCUUCAUCAGAGACCAACAUGCCUUCCAUCAUUCACUUCUCGGCAAACCUACUCAAGUUGCAAGUUGCCCUUGUUGUCUGGACGUGUCUGGGACUGGGUCUGGUGACUCUGGUGCUGUGGAUACCACCUGUGGCAGCCCUAGUGCGCCGAUUACACACUGAUGGUGGCAUCCUGGCCACACUGUGCUGCUGGGGCAUAUACUUCACACCUGCUGGCACUGCCGCUGGCCCUGGGGCCCAUGUUUCCUUGCGACGCGUCAACGACGGCGACACCGACGGUCUGGCCAGCAGCCUCGCCACGGAACACGAACAGCAGCAUCACGACGACGAAGCGGGGUCAUCCGGGCUCAGCCCGACGUGUGACCCGAAACCCCAGCACCGACGACCUGACCCGACCUCGACCUUGUUCCUGCACAGGGUGCUUCACAUGCUCGUGUUCGUCGGCUUCCUCGCAGCGAUCGUCUCCUUUUUCGCCGUCUUCUGGCCCGUGGCACUCGACGAAAAUUGUUCUGAGGACUGACAUCUAUUUAGCGUGAAUGACAUGCCUCUCAGUGAAUCAUGUCUCUUAUUCCUUGGUGUAGAUGACGCUCCAAUGCGAUUCGCACCUCACUCCGAGUUUCACCGUAUUACAAUCCAUGAUUUUGAAAAUGCUUCGAAAAAAAAAAUUGAAAUUGUAGAACUGCAUUGAACUAAAAAUUGGAAAAUUGUCGGCGGUUUGUCUUAUUGUUGUCUGGGUGAAAAUACACGCGUAAAUGCGAGUAAUAAAUUAUUUCAACCACAGAUUAAAAACCCAUUUAAUUUAUCAAAAUGUUCUUCUGUUUUUUUACAGUAUCACCUUGUUUAAAUCAUCCCCGGGAAUACCGUCUAUGUGUCAUUUGAUCUGAUGCAAUUGGAAAUACUUUCGGAAACAUUUUACGAACAUGUAGAAAUUUCAUGUGAGAGGUAUUUUGGAAGAGGUCACUCUGAAGAGGAAAGGAAAUUCCUUGCAAAUUUGUUUGUCGGAAGCAAUCAUUUCUUGCAGCUGUAUACUGUAUAUAUAACACGCGAGGUAUGCAGUACUGUUCGUACUUUGUUGCGUAGAAUGUGUGUGUGUCUCUUGAUAAUUGACCUUAUCAUCGUGCAUCCAACUUGACAAAUGGAAUUUUUCCAAUUUGCGGUUCUUCUCGUUCGACCACAUCAAUUCGCUUUGACUGCUGUAAUGAAAUUUCGGG